AUGGAGGCGUCAGAGCGACGCCCCCUCGUGGCUCGCGCAGUCAGGUCCUGCGACCACACGAGCGCAGAUUCAUCGUCGCACCGCUCUUCGCAGCGCUCUUCGCACAGCCAUCGCAGUCACGACCUCCAUCCGUUGACGAGCAUCGUCGUAUUCUGCGGCUAUGGCGUCGCACUCCUCCUCGCAUUCAACGUCAUGCGAUUGGGGCCUGCGUCGCCCUCGUCGCAUCCCGUCGCAGCGUGCGACGCCUCGCGUGGCGACACGUGCGACUGGGCGACCCACGCGACCCACCAGCUGCUGCACCGCCCGUGGAGCCCUCCCGUGGCGGCGCUGGCCGUGUUGGGUUUCGCGCUGCUGUUGCUCCGCGCGCUUUCCGGGCAGGCGGCACGAGUGCGCGAUUUGGAGAUGCGAUUGCGAGGGGCGGCGGGGGAACAGGCGGUUGAACUGGAGCGGGUGAGCAAGGGGGAAGAGGAGGAGAAUAUGGUAGGGAAGAAAGGGAGGAUAGGAAAAGAAAUUGACGCGGGGGAGGAGGAGGGAGCGAGAGCGAGAGGUGCGGAUGCAGGCACGGCGGUUGGCGCAUUGAACUCACGCGACGGGGACAUGGCCGUGCGCGCAGCUGCCGACCUGCUGGUUCAUGGAAUAGCCGCACCCAUGAGAGGCGCGCUGGGGAUGCUGCGUCUGCUGGCGGCGACCGUGCGCGACCCCAUGCAUCUCGACCUCAUCCACUCGCUCCACACCUUCGCCGCGCACCUCACCCGCCUCGCCGCCGCCGCGAGCGCCACCUGGCGCGCGCAGGACGGCCCGCUGCCCGUGGUGACGUCAGCGGUGGACGUGCGGGGGGUGGCGGACGCGGUGGUGGCGGCGGUGGGCGGGGAGGCGCGCGAGAAGGGGGUGGAGCUGGCGUGCCUCGUCAUGGACGACGUGCCCCCGCUGCUGCUCUCCGACUCCCUCCUCCUCAAACAGCUGCUGCUGUGCGUGGCGGCAGCAGCAGUGCAGCGCACGGAGCAGGGCCACGUGCUGCUCUGCGUGCGACUGCUGCACCCCCAAGAGGCCCUCCAGUGCCAGCAGCAGCAUCAGCAGCAGCAGCAGAGAGGCGCGCAUGAGCAGCACCGAGUGGUGGCGGUGAGGGGGAAUGCAGGCGUGCAGCAGAGGCACGGCGAGGACAACAGCCUACUCCUGCCGCCCUCGCGCAUGCCCCUCCCACCGCCCAUCCACCACCACCCCCUCUCCCCGCCCCCCACCACAGCAUCCGCCUCUGCCUCCGCGGCUCCUUUCCCCUCCGUCUUCUCCGCGCCCUCCUCCCCUUCCUCCCUCUUCUCCAGCCCGGAUCUCCUCGGGCUGGGCGGCAUCGCUCGGCGCCUAGCGGCGUAUGCUGCUCCGUGGAGCGAGCAGGGGGGGCAGGAGCAGGCGGGCAGUGGGGCGGGUGUGUUUGCGUCGCUCUCCGCUGACUCCUGGCUGCAGCAGGGGGGGCUGGCACACAGCGAUGCGUAUGAGCACCGCCAGCAGCAGCGGCAGCAGCAUCAACAGCAGAUUCGCCAGGAGCAGCAGGAGGAGCAGCAUCGGCAACAGCAGCAGCAGCAGAUUACGCAGGAGCAGGAGCAGGGGGGCGGAGGGGUUGACAGUCUGAGUGGGAGGCGGGUGGUGGACGGGCGGUGCAGCUGGGGCGCGCUGAGGCGGCUGUUGGACGACCAGGAGAACCGAUUCGCUGCUGCCAUCGCACACGCUGUUGCUACUGGCAGUGCCGCCGCCGCUACUGCUGCUGCUGCUGGUGGCCGUGGCGGUGGCGGCAGCAGUGGGAUGGGGCAGGUAUGGGUGGAGGUGGUGGUGGAGGACACGGGCACAGGCGUGCCGCAAGCCGUGGUGGACGCACUCAACGCCAUGGACUGCACUGCUGCUGCCCGUGCCUGUGCUGCUGCUGCCCGUGCCUGUGCUGCUCUACCAGAGUCGUUGCUGCCUCUCCAUGCCACCACGCCCCUGCUGCUCGCCCACGCACACCUCCUGGCGACCUCUCUGGGCGGCACUCUCUCGCUCACCACAGCACCCGCCAUCGGCACCACCGUCGCUCUCACCAUCCCCAUGACACUCCCCCCCUUCGCCCCCACGCCCUCCUCCUCCCCCGCCCUCCUCCCCUCCGCGCCAUCACCUCCCCCUCCCCAUGCGCCUCUCCCCCCUGCCUUCCGCCCCGCCUCUGCGCCCUCCUUCCCCCGUGCGGGCAGCGGCAGCGAGGGGGGGUUGGCGGCGCUGGUGGGGCUGUGGGAGAGCGUGGGGGCGGACGGCGGGCUCUGGGAGGCCAUGGGGCUGGGGGGGGGCGCGGGGCAGGGCGGGGGGGCAAGGGACCCCGGUGCUGCUGCAGCAGGGGGAGGCGCAGGGGAGGGAGGCGCAAUGGGGGGCGCAUAUGAGGGGAACGGGGAGGGAGGUGCCAGUGAGGGGGGGGGCAGGGGGGCGUGGAUGGGGGAGGUGGGGGUGAGGGAGGUGGGGGCGGUGGAGAGGAGGGCAGUGAGGGAGAUGGGAGCGGUGGGGGGGGUGGGGGGCGAGCAGUGGGAGGUGGUGGCGCCGCUGGUGGAGCAGGUGCAGGGCGUGCGGUGCCUUGUCGUGGACUCGAACCCCAUCCGCCAACAGGCAAGCCCGCCCUCUGCUGCUGCUCAUACCAACCUUUGCUGCCGGCUGCCCACUGCACCCACUGCAAUUGUAGCAGCAUCACUGCUAUCCCGACUGGGCAUGGACGUGGAUCUCUCAGACAGUGUGGCGGACGCCGUCGCUGCCCUCCAGUGCGCCCCUCCCGCCCUGCACCCCGCACCCUUCUGUCUCUUCCAUGCAUGCCUCCUCCCCUCCGUCUAUACAGCAGCAGCGGCAUGGCAGGGAGGGGUGGGGAGUGGUGGGAGCCGGUGGGACGUGGUGCUGGUGGAUGCAGACUGCGAUGGCUCCCCAGGCUCUGGUCUCCUUCUUGGCUCCCAUGUGGCCCGCAUCAAUGCCGCCCACGCCGCCGCCCAUGCCGCCCAUGCCACACAUGCGUCCUACAGCACCUCUGCUACUGCCCCCGCUGCAGCUGCUACAGCCGUUUCUGCAGGGGACGUGCACUGUGGGCAGGCAGCAGCGGCAGCAGCAGGGGCAGGGGCAGGGGCAGAAAGGGUGGGCGGAGGAGGGUUCAUGCCAUUGGCAGAUGAUGGCGUGGGGGGGGAGGAUGAGGGGUGCGAUGGGGCGAGAGAGGAGUGUGGUAUGGCUGAGUGUGGUGGGGGCCCGGGCAUGGGGGCAGGGCAGACAGAGCAGGGGGCAUGCAGUGAGCAGAGGGAGGGGGUGGUGGAAGGGCGUGUGGAGAGGGAGGAGCGGAGUGAGAGGGAGCAGUCAGGGGAGUGCCACGAUGUGCAUGGCAGCUGGUCUCAAGAGGGGGAGCGAGGGGAUCUCUCACAGCAGCAGCUCGAGACACAGCAGAAGCAGCGAGCAGAGGCAGAGGCAGAGGCAGAGGCAGAGGCAGAGGCAGAGCAGCAUGUGUGGGAGGAGAGUGGCGAGUCGCUAGUGUUGCCCGCCAUCUCAUCCAAGCUCGUGCUCGUGGCUCAGGCAACGAGUGAGGACAUGGCGUUGGCAGCAGCAGCGCACGGUUUCUCCUGCAUCGCCCUCAAGCCCCUUCGAACACCAGUGCUCGCUACAGCCAUGCUGCAGGCCCUGGGCGUGAGUGCGAGGGAGGUGCAGCAGGCAGCAGCGCAGCAGCAGCAGUUGCACCUCAGACAAUUGCUGCGAGGCAAAGUGGUGCUGGUGGUGGACGCCUGCUUCACCACGCGCAAGGCAGCAGCAGUGGCCAUCUCCCAGUUCGCCGAUGCAGCCUGUGCCGUCGCCUCACCUGCAGAGGCCCUCGCACGCCUCUCCCCGCCCCACCACUUCCACCUCGUGCUGCUCUCCCUCUCCCUCCCCGACCUCCCCCCAGCACUCUUUGUGCAGCGCUUGCGAGAAAUGGAGGCUGCAGCACCUGGGGAUGCAGCGGGGGGAAGCGGGGAAGGCAGGGGAGUUGUGAGAGAGGCGGCGGAGAUGCCUAGAAGCGCCAGUGGCGGCAGUGCUGCAGCUGGUGGUCCUGCAGAGGACGCAUGCGGCAGCGGCGCCUGUCAAACUCCAGUGCCUGUGCUGGGAAUGGUUACAGAUUUCCUCUCCAACGACAUGCCACCACGGUUGAGCGAUUGCCGUGUAGACGGUCUCCUGGCGACACCCAUUUUCGCAUCGAGCGUACGGGCCGCCGCCAUAGACGCGUGUAUAUCGUCUUCCAGCGCGUUGAUUAACGCGUCCCCGUCGUAUGGACCAGUCGUCUCCCUCUCAGCUUCCUUAAUUCGCUUAGCCUCGUCGCGUCUCUCACCAGGCAGCAAGUCCUCUUCCUUCCGUUCCCCGCACGUCUCCGCCGCGUCGUCAUUCUCCUCCUUCUUUUCCGGUAGGAAGCUCGUCGCGCCAUGCAUACCACGGCCGGCGGUAUCCCGCGAUCAGCGGCGGUUGGCAGUAGUCUCGGCAAUUGGGAGCGCAGAGAGUGGAGGCGCGGAUGCGUUGGGGAUGGCGGGCGAGGCGUACGGACAGAUGGCCGAGGCGCUGCUUAAUGGGUUGCCCCCCGAGGUGGAGCAGGCGGUGGUGGCGGUGCACCGCGAGAUCGCGCAACUCGCGGCGGACGCCGGCCUCUCCAUUCCGCUCAACGACCCGGCGUCGUUGCGGCAGUGGACGGUGGCGCUGGUGCUGCUCGUGCUGUACGCCGCCGCGCCCCCCGCGCCGCUCAUGGGGCUGCUCGACUUCCUCGUCGCGCCCCUGCACGCGCGCACCGACAAGGAGCUGGACCCGGCGCGGGUGAAGGUGGGGCGGCGGAUAGGCGAGGGCAGCUUUGGCGUGGUGUACGAGGGUUUCAUCUCCAACGGUACGUGGUGCAAGGAGGGGAAGGAGGGGCGGUGGGAGCGGCGGGUGGUGUUGAAGCGAGUGAAGACGCGCGUGAAGCACUCCGAUGAGAUGAGAGACGUCGAGCUCUACAUGAACCACCGCCUGCAGCGCACGGCGCCGGGCGUGUGUGCGCGGUUCAUGGGCACCAUGCAGGUGGCGGCGGAGCAGGCCAGCGGCAAGCUCGAGGAGGGCGUGUGGCUGGUGUGGGAGUACCAGGGCGAUCGCACGUUGGACCAGUUCCUGCGCCACCGCUCCUACCCGCUCAACCUCGCCAAACACGUGCUGGGCGUCGACGACGCUUUGUUGCGGGGCAGCAAGGGCAGCGGCGAGGAGGAGAGGGAGCAGCAGGUGUGGAUGGAGUGGGAGGUGGCGCAGGAGGUCAUGGGGCAGAUCCUCUCCGACCUCGAGCACCUGCACUCCUGUGGAGUGGUGCACAGGGACGUGAAGCCAUCGAACCUGAUACUGGACGAGCUGGCGGGCAGUCUGUGCCUCAUCGACCUGGGCGCCUGUGUUGACCUGCGCUCCGGCCACAACUACGUGCCCAACGAGACGGUGAUGGAUCCCAAGUACUGUGCACCGGAGCGCUUUGUCAUGCCGCCCGGCACCACACCGCCCCUGCCGCCCGACCCACUGGCGUCGCUGCUGUCGCCCUUCCUCUGGGCGCUCAACACACCCGACCGAUUUGAUGUCUACUCCGCUGGCAUAGUGCUGAUGCAGCUGUGCAUGAAGCGACUGCGCAAUGCGUCUGCUCUGAAGGAUUUCAACGAGGAGUUGAGGAGGUGCGAUCACGAUCUGGGCAAGUGGAGGGCCACGUUCAACCCCAGCGAUGAUGACAUGGCCGUGCUUGACGCCAAUGGGGGAGCGGCAUGGCAGUUGGCGCAGCAGCUGCUGAGGAAGCGACCCAACCACGAGGAGGCCGUGUGGCCCAGCGCCAUGGGCGGGCGGCCCUCCGCAGCCCAGGCGCUGCGCCACGCGUUCUUCUCCCUGCGCGCGCCAGAGCCCUUCCGCGCGUCACGCCUGGCAGCCGCCACACAGGCAGCGCUGUCAGGCACGGCGUAUGCCACGCUGGGGCGCGGAGGGGGCGCCAUGGCGCAGGCCAAGGCGCGCGCUGCCCAGGAAAAGGCCAGGGGGGCGGGGCGGGUGGAGGGGCGCAAGGGCAGGGCGGGGGAGGAGAAGGGGGAGAAGGGCAAGGCGCGGAAGGAGGCGGGGGAGAAGGGGGGGAGUGCUGGGGGAAGGGGAGGGGAAGGUAUGGGCGUUGAAGGGCUGGUGAUGGCGUGGGGGGGGAGGGGGAAGGGGGAGAGAGAGGAUUCAGGGAGUGAUGGGAAGAGGGCCGGUGGGAAGAAGCAAGGGGUGAAGGAGGCGGAGGGGUCAGGGGAGGGGAGGGUGGAGGAGGGGGUGGUGUUUGCGCUGCAGCAGAUGUGGGCGGCUAGCAAUGGGGGAGGGGGGAGUGGCAGCGAGAGCAGGGGGAAGGGACGCGAGGAGGGUGUGGGGUCGGAUGGGAGUGGGAAGGGGGAGAGGCGGGCGCGGAAGGCAGGGAAGGGUGAGGAGGGGGUGAAAGGGGCAAGGCAAGGGGUGGCAGCAAGCAAGGGGGAGGCGCAGGGGCAGGCGGGCGCACGGGGGGCAUUGGGCGCGCUGGGCGCAGGGGGGGGAGGGCAGGGGGCGGAGGUGGUGCUGGAGGCGCUGAGGCGGGUGCUGGGGGAGGGGGUGGGGGCGGAGGGGGGGAAGGGGGAGCAGGGCGCAGUGGAGGGGCCGGCAGUGCGGUGGGGGGAGGGGGGCGUGCAGGGCAUGGUGAGCGAGGGGCGGCGGGUAGUGAGGGAGGCGUUUACUGGCGCUGUGGUGGCGCAUGCGGAGGCUUACAGUGGGGGGGCGGAGGGCAGGGCGGGGGACAAGGGCUCUGGUUCAGGCAAGGACAAAGGGUCUGACAAGGAGGGCGGGUCGGGCAGGGAGAAGGGAUCAGGCAAGGAUGGGAGUGGGGCGAGCAGGGAGAAGGCAUCAUCGAGUAAGAGCAAAGGGGGGUCAGGGAAGGGGGAUGGAGGCGAGGGGGGUGGGAGCAAGGGCAGUGGCAGGGGGGAGGCGAAGGAGGCAGGUGGGAAGGCGAGGAGGAAGAAGGAGGGCAAGGGGGCAAGGAAGAGAGAACUUGUGGCCGCAGCCAUGGGCAGCAGUGGCAAUGGCAUUGGCAGUGGUGGCAGUGCAGUGGAGGUACCAUUCGACCUGCAGCGCUCCAAGGCAGGCGAGCGGAAGAGCGAAGGCGAUGCAAGGCAGGUGAAAGGGAUGGGGGAAGGCGAGACGGGUGGGGCAGGGGGGGGAGGCGCACUGGCGCAGGCGCUGCUGCAGUGGGUGAGGGGAAGGGCAGGCGGGGGAAGUGAUGCAGGCGGGGGGAGCAAGGGAGCAGCAGCACAGGGCGAUGGGGGGCGGGGAAGUGUCAAGGCCAGGGGUGGUCGAGGAGAGGAGGGUGGUGAGAGGAGAGCGGGGAAGCGAGGGAAUGGGGGUGAGAAUGGGGGUGGUGGGAUCUCGGGUGUGCGAUUGAGGUGGGGGCUGCUGGGACUGGCAGCCAAGGGCGUGGAGAGAGGCAUGGAGCGGGCCAGAGGGGGAGGCAGGGGGGGCGUGGGCGGCGUGGGGGUGAAUGGCAGGAUGGGGGGGGUAAGACUUAAGCCCAGUGCCACUGCUGACGUGGCAGACCCUGUGACGGACAAUGGCAUCAUCACUGACAUCACUCUGGAUCCGCAGGCCAUUGCUGACGUCAGCCUGCUGCUGGCGCUGUGCAGUCAGGGUGAUGAGGAGGAGAGGGAGAGUGGGGGAGAGAGUGGAAGCGAGGAGGGGAGUGAGCGGAGCUCUGCAGGAGUAGGGAAGCAAAUGCCUUACAAUAGCAGCAGCAGCAGCAGCAGCAGCGGUGCGGUUGAAGCAGAGCAAGCUGCGUCUGCCACAUCAGGCACCUCUUCAGCACAAGAGGACCUCUCCGCCGCACCAGCCUUGGACGUAUCUGCCUCUGCACGCGCCCUGCCACCCACCUCCUCCCCUCUGGACCCCGAUGCGCACCCACUGGCGGCAGCACUGCUGGCAGAUGGCGGUGUGGGCGGUGGCGAGGGGGCGUUGGGUGUGCAGCAGGCAGAGGUGCGGGUGGGGGACGAUGGGAGUGUGCGAGUGAGUGCGAGCGUGGGAGGCGUGGAGAGCACUGUGCUGCUGCAAGCCGACAGCACUGGGGCGCUCGUCAUGGCCGUGGGGGAAGGAGCCACCGGGGGCCAG